GGUAAAUAGCUUUAUCCGAAUUUUGGCGCAUCUUUCAUUAAAUUAUGAAAAUUGUUCGUUUUUCUCUUAUAAUGGUGACAUAAGUUGUUCCUUAGGAAGAUGUUAUGUAACGUGUCGGGUGAAUUAUGUCAAAAGAAAGCGACAAUGACGAUCUUUGGAACUUUACACCGCUACGUCGACUGAAAACGAAGUUGUUGCAUUCAAGCGUUAACAAUGAAACAUAUUCUUGUUCUCAAAAUAAAGGGAAAACUGCUAAUUAUUUAGGCCCGAAACUUGAAACAUCCAGCUUCGGAAUUAAAAAAGAAAAGAAAGGUAUUGUAAAAAUUGAAGCAGAAAGUUUCACGAAGAAUGAGUCUUGCAAAGUAUCAGAUGAUGAGUAUGACUGUACCUUUGACCAUUUCAGAGGAUCAAGUAAUUUUUCCACACCGGUUAAAAAACCCAUCAGCCUUAGUCAAAUAUUUAACAAUAGCAAAAUUAAAAAUCAAAAUAAUUCUAAGUCUUUCAAGAAAUCACCAAGUAAAUUUAAAUCUACACCUAAAGUUAGGAAGAAAUUGUCUUCACUGUCCCUGUCAACGCAAGCAACAUUAUCAAUUGAAAAUCAAAAAUUGAUUAUUACACCUCCAAAAUCACAUAGUUAUAACACUUCCAAACAGAUUACACCUAUAAAACCUUUAUUAAAAUCUCCUUCAUGUAGUUCUGUGACUAAAACUCUACCUUAUUUUCACUGUGAUAACUUGUCACCUCAUACAGUUCAGAAGCAUCUUAACACUUCAUCAAAGCUAUUGAAUGCACUGGACAGUGAAAAAAAUUUAACAUAUCAAGUUGAAAAAAAUACCGUUUGUUCUCCUCAAGCAGUUGGCAGUGGCAUUUCAUUGGGAAAUGUAUCUAACUCAUUAAGAAGGAAAGAGUUGGGAGAACCCAGCAAAAGACAAUUAUUUUUGUCAGAUGACAAUAAGAGUGUUUCAAAACCUUCCUCACCAGCCAUUUCAGAUAUUGCAGAAACUCAAGAAUUGUUUACACCAACAGAAGACAAACUUUCAACGUCUGCAUUUUCUGCACAUUGUUCAUCUGACACUACUGAAUCAUAUGAAGAUAGUGAUUUUGUUUCCCCAAUGUCAGUUCCUGACUCACCAUAUUCCAGUACUUCUACUAUAACUUUUGAUAUCCAGGAAGAUGAUUUCUAUAACAUUUCUUUAUCUUCAUCUCCUGUUAAAGAUGUUGACACAAAUCUUCCUUUUUCUGAUUCUGGAGUGACAUGUGAGACUCUGACAAAAUCACAGAAAGUAAAUGAAUUUUCUUCUUUAAAAGAUAAUGACAAAAUAUUCUCCCAGGUUGUUAAUGCUAGUAAUAAAACACCUCUAAAGAAAAAACCUUUGGUCUUUCAGAAGAGGGUAACAUCUAAAAGUAAAUUACAGAAAGCAAAUUUCUGCUCACCAAGAAAACUUUGUUCAACUUCAAAGCAAACUAAUUUGAAGAAUAAAUCUACGAAAACUAGUCAGUAUAACCAAACUUCCCUCAUGUCAUUUUUUCAGUCUAAUAUUUCUUCUAAGGAAAUUAGCAAAUCCGUGUCAGUUCCAUUUCAAACAACUUGUUCAAGAACAGUCAAUAAGUCUUCAGUUAAUGAAUCUUUUCUGGUAACAGAUGACACAACAGUUAAAAAAUCCCUUUCUUGUUCUUCCCCAAAGGAAGAAGUAUCAAAAACUGCUCUAUCCCUUGACCAAUUCAAGCAGUUAUUUCACAAACCACCUGUAAAACAACAGGCUGUUACUACAGAAAGUUCAACCCCAACAUCAUCAUCAUUACCAACACUACCAGUCAGCGAAAACUAUCAGGAGAGAAAAUUUUAUGUUAGUCGAUGCCCAUUCUACAAGAAAAUACCAGGUACAAACAUCACUGUUGAUGCCUUCAAGUAUGGAGUCAUUCAAGGGUGUUGUGCAUAUUUUCUCACACACUUUCAUUAUGAUCACUACCAAGGUUUAACAAAGAAUUUCUGUCAGCCGCUUUACUGUAGUGAAGUCACUGCUAAUUUAGUGAAGCUGAAGAUUGGUGUACUUAAUCAGUACAUUCACCCACUACCUUUAUAUUGUCCAGUUAUUGUAGAGUCUGUUGAGGUCACUCUGAUGGAUGCCAAUCACUGUCCAGGUUCGGUUUUGAUUCUUUUCAAAUACUCAGACCAAAAUAAGCAGAAAGUGGUUUUGCAUACUGGAGACUUCCGAGCUGAUUCAAUCAUGGAAAAAUACAAUGCAUUGCAGAAUGUCAAAAUUAAUCAAUUAUAUUUGGAUACAACAUACUGUGAUCCGAACUAUAUGUUUCCUGAACAGCAAGAAGUGUUGGAUUUCUGUGUUUCUCUGGUGAAAUCCUUUCUGAAAGAAAAUCCCCAAACUUUGGUUGUUGUUGGGACUUACACAAUUGGGAAGGAGAAAGUUUUCCUUGCUUUAGCUGAGGCUAUUGGAAGCAAAAUUGGUGUGACACAAGAAAAAAAGAAAUUAUUGGACUGUCUUCAGAAUCUUACCAUGGAUAAGUUACUGACUUUAGAUUUAAAAAGCUGCAGCAUCCAUGUUGUGAAAAUGGGGAACUUGAACUACAAGAAUCUUAAUGAACAUUUAAAGAGAUAUGCAAAAUUUAACCAAAUUCUCGCAUUGAAACCUACUGGUUGGACUCAUAGCAAAAAUAGAACUUCCCUCUUUGAUAUUAAGCCCUCUCUGAAAACAGAUAAGAUUACCAUAUAUGGUAUACCAUACAGUGAGCAUAGCAGUUUUUCAGAAUUAAAAAGAUUUGUACAGUUUAGCCGACCUGAUAACAUUAUACCAACUGUAAAUAAUGGCAAAGCUGCAUCCCGGCAAUUUAUGCAAGAUACUUUUAAUUCUUGGCUUUCAGAAUAAUUGUGUGCACUGUGAUUGGAAUCAGUCCGUGGAAUUGUUAUCACUUUGAUUUAUAAAGUUAGAAACGUUUUAUAUAUUACUUUAAUAUAUUUUUUCGGAGGUCCCAUGAAAUACAAAAACAUUUUUUUAAAGAAUUAUUUAUAUUUUAUUACUUUAUUUAUUUUUUUUGUUAAGAAAUCGAUAUACUAUGGAUGGUGCAUUACCAGAAGUGCAAGAACCAUAGUUUAUGAAAGAUUGUAUUUUGUCAUAUGUCAUAACAUUCUGGGUUCAAAUCUCACUUGUGUUAACUUGCAUUUCAUCUCUCCAGAAUCAGUGAAACAAUUGAUUCAGUUGACUAUAUUCAUCGCCGACAAGUUUUACACAUAUGAAAUCAAUUUUACCCGAAAUUUUGUUUCUGCAAGAAACUUUGUUAUUUUAGUUUUGUUUUAAAACUAAUUAUUGAUUGUACACGUUUUAUGUAUACAGCAUAUACACAGUCAUAUGAUUGUAUAACACAAAUUGGCAGACACUUAGAAGCUAAAAUAUUCACUUGAAAUCUCCUUAUAAUUGAAUAAUUAGGUACACACUCAUCUGUAAAAGCUAUUUGUUGCUAAAUUGAAAGGGAGUUGGUCAAACAACUGAAGGAUUGAUGGUUUGCUUCACAUUGUACAGUGUCUAUGACCAAGAUAGGAAGUUUCUACUAUUUGUUUUAAGCUCACUGUAAAUAGGUUGUUGUCCCAUUUUAACCAACUAUAAAUAGCUAUAUUUAAAACAAAAAAAAAACUAGUACCUGUUGAGUUACUUAGAGGUGCCAUCCACAUGAAAAGCAGUAGUUAAAUUAGUGUUUAUAUAUUUAAUGGCAACCACUAAAAAGCUACUUAGCAAUAAUUAUGUAGCUCAAUGACUAAUAUUAUUUAAUAAUUUUGGCAAGUAUGGGAGAUAGUUCCAGAUAUGUUUUAGUCUUAUAUAGCCUCAGCAUAGUAAGACUUAACUGUAUUGACCAAAUAGCUUGCAUGUUCACAUGGUGGUGUGAUUAAAUUUUCAAUUGUGUAUCAUUAAGUCGAUAUGGCUGUGAGGGAAGGCAGAGAUUUUAUGUAGAUCAGACAUGAAAAUAGGGGUUCAAUGUCUAGUGUAUUUAGUGUAGAGUAUAGACCAGUGGUCUCAGUCAGGGUUUAUAUGAACAUUAGGGGUCCAUGUCAGAUUUUAUUCAAAUUGAUGUGCAUUAAAUUGGUUAUUCUACAGUACACAAGCUAUUUUAGCAAUUUUUAAAAAUAUAAUUUCUUAUAAUAUUUAAUUCUAAAAAUAUAAUAGGAUUUUUUAAAGCAUCAAAUGGCUGUGAGGGUCCAGUAAAGUAAAAGAGGAAUCAAAGAGGUCCAUAAGCAAAAAAGGUUGAGAAGUACUGGUGUAGACAGUUAAGAUGCAGUAAUACAGAUUUCCCCAGCCAUAUCAGGGAUGCCAGAUAAAUGAGAUGGUGAAUUGAAUAGGUUGUUGCACAGAAACCGUCACUCAUAGCUCAUAAUCAGAACCUGUUUCCAGAUUCAAUAUUCCAGCAAGCUGAGGUGGCUAGUGGACACUGAUCUGAGGUAAAAGCAUUGAUUUCAUGCCUAUUUUUGACAGUUAUGUGAACUGAAGCAAUGCAGGAUAAUGUAUUUUGAAAUAAAGAAUAUAAUGUUCAUUCAUCUAUUUCUUUCUUAUAUAAUUUCUGUUAUAGUUCUUUUGGGUCCCAUGUUGUGGGAAUGGAGAAUGUUGAAAUAAAAGAAAUCAAUGUAAGUUGUGAUUUAAUCUGGCAAAAUCAAGAUAUGAUAAAUCAAUAUUUUCUUUGAAACUGAAGAUGUGUAGAAUAGACAAUGACUGAUUCUGCUGGUUGAUAUUAUGGUUGAAAAAUGCUACCAAAAAAAAAAGGUGUUUUCUACUAUAGCAUGGAGCUAACCAAAGACUUGUGAAUAGAUUUGGUAAACAAG